UAGUCGUUGGGUGAAGUAAUCGUUUUAAUAUUCAACCAAGUGCUAAUUCUUUGAUUCAAUCUCUGUGUGCAAAAAAAGUUUUGAUUAAAAUUAAUUUAUUCCCUAAUCAAAUAGAAAAGUGUUUAGAGAAACCCCGGAAAAAAUGGUUGUGGAUUCAAGUAUUGUGACAAUCGAUGUGCUCGGUGGACAAACUGGUGCCAAGAAAAGCUCUCAGGAAAAUUACACGGAACUAGCUGACUUUGAGGCAGCCAUCUCAGCCACGGGAUAUGGGCGCUUUAACAUCUUUAUCCUCCUAAUUGCCGUCUUUUGCUGUUGUGCCAGCAUCAACGAAACCACCACAAUUGCCUACAUUCUACCAAGUGCACAGUGUGACUUGGAUCUUACGCUUCAAGAUAAGGGGAUGCUCAAUGCCAUCACCUACAUGGGUAUGAUAACAUCAGCAUUCCUGUGGGGCUACCUAGCUGACACUCUGGGUCGUCGGGAUAUCCUUGGAUAUGGUUACAUCCUCACGGGAGUUUUUGAAUUAGCCUGCGGAUUCACUCAAGUCUUCUGGCUCCUUCUCGUCUUCAAGUACAUCUCGGGUUUUAUCUCUUGCGGACCCUUCGCCGUACUCAUGAGUUAUGUGUCUGAACUCCAUGGGAUUAAGCACCGUGCCCGAACUAUGCUGGCUGUUGGGACUUUUUUCUCCGUUGGCAACAUUAUCCUUCCCACAAUCGCCUGGGCCGUCUUGACGAGAUCCUGGACUGUGACGCUCAUCGAGAAUACUUUAGAACUACACUCGUGGCACAUCUUCCUGCUAAUUUGCGCCAUCCCAAGCCUCUUUGGGGGGAUCCUCGUGUACAUCCUCCUACCGGAAAGUCCCAAAUUUCUCAUGUCCCGCGGCAGAAAUGACGAAGCUAUGGCAAUUUUUCGUAGUAUCUUCCACAAGAACACAGGAAAGGGUGUCCACGAAUAUCCGAUUAAAUCACUAAUUGACGAGCUUCAGCAAAGUGGGACAAGCACAGGACCAAAGACAGUAGCAGUGAAUGGCGCCAGCAGUGUUCCAAAAUCACAGGGAUUUGCCGCCCUCAAGGAUGGCUUGUCUCAAAUUGCACCAAUGCUCAAACGACCCCAUCUAGAAAAUUGCUGUCUCGUCUUUCUUAUACAAUUUGGCGUGCUUUUGAGCAACAAUACAUUACGCCUGUGGCUUCCAGAAAUAUUUCACAUGAUUGCCGAAUACAGUGGUGGUGCAGGAAAUAAUUUAUCAACAAAUCAACCGCCCAGUUUGUGUGAAAUAAUUGAUGCCUCUCAGGCUGUAAAGAGCUUCAAUUCGACCCACUUAGGCAUGGACACGACUGUCCCAACUGUAGAAUGUGUUUCGAAACCACCCGAUGGUAGUGUAUACAUGAAUACCCUCAUAGUGGGCAUUGUGAGCUUCAUAGGAUACUUUGUAGCUGGCUCCAUAGUAAAUAGAAUAGGAAAUCGUAAUCUCAUGAUUUGUGGACUUAUAUUUUCGGGUAUAUCAGCUUGUUCUCUCUACUUUGCCAUGAAUAUGGAGAGUGUUGUUGCAGCAUCGAGUCUCUGUUGCGCCCUCGGAAGUAUUUGUAGCACAUCUAUGUUGGGCAUCAUAGCCAAUCUCUUUCCCACAUCACUCAGAACAAUGACUAUUUCGUUGACACUCAUGUUUGGGCGAAUUGGAGCAAUGAUUGGAAAUCUCGUGUUCCCGUACUUGUUGUCACUCGGCUGCCUUCCACCAUUCAUCACGAUUGGAUCUCUUUUCAUAGCUGGAGGUUUGGGGGGACUCCUCUUACCACGAAAUACCAAAAUUCCUCUUCAGUAGUAAAAUCCAAAUGAAAUCUUUUUAAUAUUGAGAUUAAUUGAAUAUUAUGCUUCCUGAUAUGUUAGAUAUUUUAUUUAUUACUUUCAUAAUCUUAAAAGCUCUGUGACGUAUGAAAAAUGUACCUAAAAUAAAUAAUUUAGUGAAUUUUAAUAAAUGAAUCUCAGUGAAUAAAUUAGAUUAAAGAUUAAA